GUUUAUUCAAAUAAAAGUUGCAAAUACGCUUUCCCACUAAAACGGAAGGGAUAUAUAUUGUGUUGUGGGUGCACAGAUCCCCCAGAAGGGAGUGAAUACGUAUGAACGCGUUGGGUGGGCGAUGCCGGUCGGUGUUUGUCGUCGUGGAGGAUGAAAAGCCAAUUUUUGAUGUCGAUUUUAAUCACAGUCGAGGAUCUCACUGCGGCUGUGUCCUGUCACAUGCACUCCAUCACGCCCAGGUUGAGAUCCUCAUUCACGACUUUACACAUUUUUGUGAUGCGGCCAAUAUCCCAUAUCUCGUUAUAGAGUACGAGGAACUCACUCGCCGAAUCCUUGGGAGAGCCCCCGAUCGCCUGCUCGAUGAUCUGCCACCCAUGGUCGCCGUCACUUGCUCCACCACCGCGGAAUAUUACGACCUCUGCGCUUCCCUUCUACGCCCUUUCGUAGAUGAGGAGGUACCCUCGCAGACAAGCACUUACUGCCUGCUUGCGGUGGUGGACCUCUCUCAAAAGGUGGCCGUCGUACCACCCGCCCGCGCUCGCUCGGAUGAGCUGAGUUGGUUGAAACCGCCCCCAAGCUACGCGUCCGAGCUAGCGCAAACACGCCUGACAGGAUGCGACUCCGCAGCUUGGAAGGAGAGCGAAGGGGGGAAAGCGAGGGAGAAUAGUGAAGAGGCGUGCUGCAUAGUGCCUCUGCACCUGUAUAGUAACUAUCCGAUUCUGAGAGACUGCGGGACGUCGGGUGUGGAUUGGAUGAAAGGGCCGAAUCGAUGCACGCUGGAUGCCGUGCUACGGGAAUUGGCGUACAAGGCCGGGCAGCUUCCCAAGUACGGCUCCUAACAACCCCGAAAGGUGUUUAACCAUCGAAAACAAACCAUACACAUGGAUUCACAUGAAUAAAUAAAUAAAUAA